AAAAAAAAAAAAAGACUUGACAAACGAAACAACUUCUUUUUUCUUUUGCCCACCCCUCUCUUCUUCUCAACAAUCCCCCACCCACUACUUUAAACUUUUUAAAGCAAGGAAAACCUUUCCACGGCUGAUCCUUUCGAAAGAAGCAGUAAACAACGACAACGACAACAAGUUAUUAACAUUCUGUUCUAGACAUUUGUAUAUAUAUAUUCUUUCGCAUACCCCCCUUCAUUUCAUAAAAAAAGAACACAACAAUAAGCAUGGCCGACAACUCCAUCAAGGUCUUUACUGGCAAUUCGCACCCAGAACUUGCCAAGCUCGUUGCUAGCCGCAUUGGCAUUGACUUGGCCAAGGCCGCCGUCAUGAAAUACUCGAACCAAGAAACGUCUGUCACUAUUGGCGAGUCAGUGCGUGACGAGGAUGUGUUUAUUAUCCAAUCCGGCUGUGGUGAGAUCAACGACAACCUUAUGGAACUUUUGAUCAUGAUCAAUGCAUGCAAGACUGCCUCGGCUCGUCGUAUUACGGCUGUCAUCCCCUGCUUCCCUUACGCCCGUCAGGACAAAAAGGACAAGAGCCGUGCACCCAUCACGGCCAAAUUGACCGCAAACAUGUUGACCGUUGCUGGCGCUAACCAUGUCAUUACCAUGGAUUUGCACGCUUCUCAGAUCCAAGGUUUCUUUAACGUCCCCGUCGAUAACUUGUAUUGCGAGCCUUCCAUGAUCAAGUACAUCUCCACCCAGAUUCCUAACUGGAAGAAUGCAUUGAUUGUCUCGCCCGACGCUGGUGGUGCUAAACGUGCUACGUCGAUUGCAGACCGCUUAAACCUUGACUUUGCUCUGAUCCACAAGGAACGUAAGCGAGCCAACGAAGUAUCGCGCAUGGUUUUGGUCGGUGAUGUUCGCGGAAAGAUUGCUAUUCUUGUGGAUGAUAUGGCAGAUACGUGUGGUACCUUGGGUCUGGCAGCCAAGACUUUGGUCGAGAAUGGCGCCGAGAAGGUGUAUGCCAUUGUAGCCCAUGGUAUCUUAUCGGGUAAGGCUAUCAAGGUGAUUAACGAAUCGGUGAUCGAGAAGCUUGUGGUUACAAACACCAUUCCGCAUGAAGAUAAAAUGGCUAUUUGCCCCAAGCUCGACGUCAUUGAUAUCUCACCCACGUUGGCUGAGGCCAUCCGAAGAACCCACAAUGGUGAAUCAGUUUCGUAUCUGUUUUCGCAUGUCCCCGAAUAGAUUUUCUGCUUUUUCCGUUUUCUUUCCUAUAAUUAUUUUACUUGAAUUCGCUUCUCAACCUCUACAACAGCAACAGCAGCAACAGCAAAACAUCAUACACUUCUAUCUUCUUUUCUCUCUUUCAUACUUUUCCUUUUCAUAUUCAAAAAAAGUUUUACCUUUUCUCUCAUCAUUUUGUCUUCCCCCACCUAACCCCUCCUAUCAAUGGCAGUUGUAUACAUUUUUUAAAAAAGUCUUUUAAAUUUGCAGCAAACGGAUUAUCGCUCCUAUAAUUGCUGUGAUCGUUAUCAUGUCUGUGCAACGUUUAAAUUUUUAAUGAGGGAAUAUGCGAGCU